AUGUCGCCAUUAUUGUCGACAGAAUUAAGUUAUGAAGACUUAUUAAAAUUUUAUCGUAACCAAAUAAGUGCGUUAUUAACACGUUUGUCAAAAAUAAAUGCGAAUAAUUGCAAAGAUUAUGUUCAAAAGCAGUACAAAAACAAUGAGACAAACGGUGAUAUUUGCUUCGAUGAAUCUCAGAAUUUAUUAGAAAAAUGUUCGUUAGACUUAAUAUCACAAAUCGAUCGCUUUAAGCGUGUUGAACGUCAGCGUUUCGAACGUUAUUUGGCUGUGGUGAAUGAAUCAUUAUCUGGCGGCGGAUUAUUUCUGUCAAAACAUCGUCAAGCAGAAAUGGAAAAUGACUUGGUGACAUUUCAGAAAGAAUUAGACUAUUUAAUUAUUGAUCUACAAAUGACGUCGAAUGCCGACACAAAACAAGUUCAAUUCGAAAAUUAUUUUUAUUCAUUAAACGGGCUUGACUUCAAGCAUAUGAGACAAAUUGAACAAUCGAACAAUGUUGAUGAUUCGACAAUAAUGGGUGAGUACGGAACACACUCUGUUAUGUACAUGCCCAGUAGCUCCGCUGGCAUUUUUUUAUCUCGUUUUAGCCGCAUCACCUUCAUCGAUUUUACUCUGUUCUCCUCACUUGAAUUUGCUGUACAUCCAAAAUGA